UGAAGGUUGAAGCAUCAUGAGAACUGAUUGUGCCCAAGUUGUGCAAUAAAUUAAACAGCUACAGCUCCAUUGCCCAAACAUGGUAGCUAUCUGGUUCUUUGUUUCUGCAACACAAUGAGCCUGCUGCUUUGCAUCCAUAUUAUCCUCCUCUCUUUCUUGUCCAUCAAUGUCCGACAAUCAACAUUUUCCGCCACCGCCAGAGCCACCACCACCACCACCACUGGUCCAGGAGAAAGCCAGAGGGACCGGACAGCCUUGCUCGCCUUCAAGGCUCGUGUCACUCAUGACCCAUUUGACGUGAUGAGCUCAUGGAAUUCUUCUCUGCACUACUGUGAAUGGCAAGGUGUCACCUGCAGCACUCGGCAAUACCCAAGAAGGGUCAGGCUCCUAGACCUUCGUUCACAAGGCUUGGUGGGUUCUUUACCACCAGACAUAGGAAAUCUCAGCUUCCUCAGCGAGAUCAGGCUCCAAGGCAACAGAUUACAUGGUGAAAUUCCACAAGAAAUUGGCAAUUUUUUCAGGCUAAACAUACUUGAUCUCAGUAAUAAUUCAUUGCAAGGCGAAAUCCCAUCCAAUCUUUCUCGUUGCUCCAGCCUCAUAUAUCUAGCUUUAGAUAACAACAAUCUCACAGGUAACAUUCCGACCCAASUUGGCUUCUUGUCACUGCUAGAGAACCUUAGACUUCAUCACAACAAUUUGAGAGGRGAGAUCCCAUCUUCUGUUGGCAAUAUUUCAUUCCUUGAAACGCUUUCAUUAUCAAAAAAUAGUUUACAGGGAAGUAUUCCUGAAUCACUGAGCCGAUUAACAAGAUUGAGAUUUCUUGCAUUGGGUGCAAAUGAACUGACUGGUAUUGUUCCUCCAUCUUUGUACAAUCUUUCAUCCAUUUCUACUUUCUCUUUGGUAGCUAAUCAUCUUCAAGGGAAUCUUCCAAUGGAUAUAGGCUUCACCCUUCCUGAUCUUCAAGUUCUUAAUAUCGGAGGAAACCAAUUUACUGGAACAGUUCCAGUUUCCUUGUCCAAUCUUUCAAAGCUUGAAUUUCUUGACAUAAAACAGAAUAAUUUUACUGGGAAAGUGUCUCUCAACUUUGGGAGAUUAAGUGGUCUCUCCUGGUUGGCCUUGAGUGAGAAUCAGCUAGGGAGUGGCCAUGCAAAUGAUCUGAGUUUUGUGACCACCUUGGUUAAUUGUACUAGUUUGAAAGUGUUAAGUCUGGAUGGUAACAACUUUGGAGGAGUGCUUCCUACUUCUAUAUCCAAUCUGUCAACCCAACUGGUCACAUUAACAUUAGGAUAUAAUCAAAUGUCAGGAAGAAUCCCAACAGGGAUUGGGAACCUGGUAAAUUUGAAUGUAUUGGGGAUAGAGUUCAACCAAUUGACAGGUAGUAUUCCCAAUUCCAUUGGGAAGCUUCAAAUGUUACAAAAGUUGUCUUUGUCUGGAAAUCAUUUGUCUGGGCAAAUACCAUCUUCUUUAGGAAAUUUAACACUAUUGAACAUCCUUGCUCUAGGAUUCAACAAUCUCAAUUGUAGCAUACCUCCAUCCAUGGGUAACUGUCAAAGUUUGAUUUAUUUGGACCUUUCUUACAAUAAUCUUACUGGUACAGUACCCAAACAAGUUAUUGGUCUUUCAUCUUUAUCAAUUUGCCUAAACCUUGCCCAAAACCAAUUGCUUGGUCCCCUGCCUUUGGAAGUGGGUAACUUGAAAAGUCUUGGGAUAUUAGAUCUUUCUGAGAACAAAUUGUCAGGUGAAAUUCCAAUCACAAUUGGUGAAUGUUUGAGCUUGGAAUAUGUCUAUUUGGAGGGGAACGUUUUUCAAGGACCUAUUCCUUCUUCAUUGGGUUCUUUAAGAGGUAUUCAGGAAUUGGAUUUAUCACGCAACAAUUUUACAGGCAAGAUUCCAGCAUUUGUAGAAAAACUUUCCUCUCUAGUAAGGUUGAAUUUGUCUUUCAAUGAUCUUGAGGGUGAGAUACCAAUUAAAGGAAUCUUUCUAAAUGGAAGUGCUUUUUCAGUCAUUGGAAACAAUAAGCUUUGUGGAGGGAUUCCUGAACUACAUCUGCAGGCAUGCCAUUUCCAAGAGUCAAAGAGUCCAGGAAUUUCUCUUGCUUCCAAGCUGAUAAUUGCUACAAGUAUCAGUGUGGUUCUUCUAUGUUCUGUCUUGUUGUCUAUACUAGUUCAUUACUGGACAAAAAAGCCAAAAGAGACUCUGUCUUCUACAUCUUUUAUAAAGGAUGGCCAUGCAAAAGUUUCUUAUGAAGAGCUACUCAGAGCAACCGGUGGGUUCUCUUCAGCUAAUUUGAUUGGUGUGGGUAGUUUUGGUUCUGUUUACAAAGGAACUUUGGGUGAAGAGGAAACUGUGGUUGCUGUGAAGGUAUUGAACCUUCAACAGAGAGGGGCUUUGAAAAGCUUCAUAGCUGAGUGUGAAUCUUUGAGAAAUAUUCGACAUCGGAAUCUCAUCAAGAUCAUAACUUCUUGUUCAAGCAUAGACUUCGAGGGCAAUGAUUUCAAAGCUUUAGAGAAUUGGUUGCAUCCAGAAGUAGAUGAUGCACAUGAUCAAUUGAGAAUCUUAAACCUUCCUAAAAGACUAAGCAUCGCAAUUGAUGUGGCUUCUGCUUUAGAUUAUCUUCAUAAUCACUGUCAAGUGCCAGUUAUUCACUGUGAUUUAAAGCCUACCAAUGUCCUUCUUGAUGACAAUUUCACUGCCCAUGUGGGUGAUUUUGGUUUGUCAAGAUUUCUUUCAGAAAACACUGGCAACUUCUCUAUGAAUCAAACCGGCUCGAUUGGCAUUAGAGGAUCAAUUGGAUAUGCUGCUCCAGAGUAUGGUUUGGUAGCAGAGGUCUCAACUCAUGGUGACAUAUACAGCUAUGGAAUUCUCUUGUUGGAAUUGUUUAUAGGAAAAAGACCCACUGAUGAAAUGUUCCUAGAGAGCUCAAAUCUUCAUCACAUAGCUAAAAUGUCUUUGCCUAAUCGAGUGAUGGAGGUCGUAGAUCCAAUGCUUCUCCAAAUGGGAGAAGAUGAAGGAGAAGGAAUAGAAGCUGCUAGUAGCAAUAGUUAUAGUCUGAGAAUGAGAAAUAGAGUGCAGGAUUGUCUGGUUUCAGUGCUUAGAGUGGGAGUUUCCUGCUCAAUGGAGUCACCAAAGGAACGGAUGGACAUGAGAGAUGUGGUCAAGGAACUACAUUUAAUCAGGGACAUUUAUCUUGGAUUUCGGACUCAUGGACAGAAAUGCUCGACAUCUUGACAUGCCUUCGUCCUCUUAUGCAUCUUACUGUAUGAAUGGUUGGCUUGAAUUGCAUUCCUAGUGUCAAAUCUCAAGCUUUACCAGUGAAUCCACUACUCUGAUCUUUGUGUUCUGGCCAAUGAGUCCGGAUCUGCUCCUCACACAACGCGCCUCACAGCAUGUCUUGGUCAUAUAUCAGGAACAUCUCCCGUACUUGUAUUUAUUAUUCAUGGAGAGAUAUUCUAUCCCAAUUCCUGGCCAAUGGCCAUGGCCUAAUACAAAUACUUGUCAAUGGGACAAACAUUCAGACA